GCUUCCGGCCUCAGCCUUCCUCUUUUCCUCUGCAUCGGGUCGCAGCCAUGGUGAACGUCCCGAAGACCCGCAGGACCUACUGCAAGAAGUGCAAGAAGCACCAGCCCCACAAAGUUACCCAGUACAAGAAGGGAAAGGACUCCCUCUAUGCACAGGGUAAGAGGAGAUACGACAGGAAGCAGGCAGGGUACGGUGGUCAGACGAAGCCCAUCUUCCGCAAAAAGGCUAAGACUACAAAGAAAAUUGUGUUGAGGCUCGAGUGUGUGGAGGCCAACUGCAGAUCCAAGAGAAUGCUGGCCAUCAAGAGGUGCAAGCACUUCGAGUUGGGUGGUGACAAGAAGAGAAAGGGCCAGGUCAUCCAGUUCUAAGCUGUGGUCCAGACUUAUUGAGCUGUCACUAUUUUGAAUAAAUGUCUCAAAACAUA